ACAAUGAGUGAAGAGCCACCGGUCACUCCCAGCUGGCUGACCCCUGACCCCACAGCAUGGGCCAGCGGAGGCGGGGGACCAAUGGACAACAGCACCAGCCUGGGGACAUUGCCACCGGAGGACUCCCUCCCACCCAGUCAGCUGCCCCUGCUGGUCAACCCCUGGGACAUUGUGCUGUGCUCAUCAGGGACUCUGAUAGCCUGUGAGAAUGCUCUGGUGGUGCUGGUGAUCUGGCAAAACCCGGCGCUCAGAGCCCCCAUGUUCCUGCUGAUAGGCAGCCUGGCGCUGGCUGACCUUCUGGCCGGCCUCGGCCUGGUGCUUCACUUCACCUGUGCCUACUUGCUUCGCUCCGACUCGGCCCAGCUGCUGACCGUGGGCCUGGUGGUGGCUUCCUUCUCCGCAUCUGUCUUCAGCCUGUUGGCCAUCACUAUUGACCGCUACCUGUCGCUGUACUAUGCCCUCACCUACAACUCGGAGCGGACAGCAGCCUUCACCUACACCAUGCUCCUGCUGCUGUGGGGCCUCUCCCUGUGUCUGGGCUUGCUGCCGGUCACAGGGGUCAACUGCCUGGCAGAGGAGGCUACAUGCAGCGUGGUGCGGCCGCUGACGAAGAACAACAUCGCUGUGCUGUCCGUCUCCUUCCUGCUGCUCUUUGGCCUCAUGCUGCAACUCUACGUGCAGAUCUGCAAGAUUGUGAUGCGCCAUGCUCAUCAGAUCGCCCUCCAGCACCACUUCCUGGCUGCCACACCCCACUAUGUCACAACACGGAAGGGCGUGUCAACCCUGGCCAUCAUCCUGGGUACCUUUGCUGCCUGCUGGAUGCCAUUCACUGUCUACUCCCUCAUUGCUGACUACACCUACCCGCCACUCUACACCUACGCCACGCUGGUGCCUGCCACCUACAACUCCGUCAUCAACCCGGUCAUCUAUGCCUUCAGGAACCAGGAGAUCCAGAAGGCGCUGUGGCUGGUGUGCUGUGGCUGUGUGCCUGCCAGCGUGGCCCAGCGCGCAAGGACCCCUAGUGACGUCUGA